AUGAUAGGCAUAUAUACCAUUCAACUGGAGACUGAAUUGCUUAAUGUAUUUGCAAAUGAAGUCUAUCAGCGAUGGCUCCUGCUCUCUCUAUAUUUUGGUUCCGCUGCUUCCGUUUUCUGUCUUGUCGCUUGGCAACACAUUCAGACACCUCUCAAGUUUAUGUAUUCGUGCUUCUUUAAGCCCUUGGGUGAACAUGGUCAUAACCUACAAGGCAGACUGGAAUCGUUUUAUCAAGAUCAAGCUAAAAUUUACGAUCAUUCUCGUGGAGCACUUUUGAGAGGGCGUAAGACGAUGUUAAAGCUCUCUGCUGCACAAUUAAAGGAGCAAAUUGCCUCAGGCAUGAUGAACAAGAAACCUAUCUGGAUUGAUCUUGGCGGUGGAACAGGCUGGAACAUCGAAACCAUGAAUGAUUAUUUCCCUAUCGAUCAAUUUGAAAAAGUAAUCCUUGUUGACCUGACACCAUCGCUCUGUGCAGUAGCAGCAGAACGUUUUGAAAAGAAGGGAUGGAAGAAUGUGGUGGUUCUAUGUGAAGAUGCAGCUAGCUUUCAAGUGCCUGGCGAUGAAGGAUCGUUAGAAGGACGUGUUGGGUUAGUCACCGUAUCAUACGCCUUAUCUAUGAUGGAUCAUUUUUACCCUGUAGUCGAUCGUAUACAAUCCUUGCUAUCACCCGAGGGUGUCGUAGGUGUCGUUGAUUUUUACGUCUCUGGUCGAUCACGUGCACCUGCUGAAAGCUGGUCACCUCAACAAAACAGACAGUGUAACUGGUUCACAAGACAUUUCUGGCAUGCCUGGUUUGAACUAGACCAUAUCCACCUAUAUCCUGGUCGUCGAGAUUAUUUGGAAUACAAGUUUGGUACGAUCAAAUCCCUCAACCGUCGAAACCAUUUCAUUAUUCCUUACCUGAUCCAGAUGCCCUACUAUAUCUGGUUAGGCUGCUCCAACGCUCGCCAAGCCGAAUUAUCAAGUCUUGUCGAAAUGUCUGAUGACACGGAUAGUGUGGCCAGUGGUCGAUCUUCUGUCCAAAGUCAACAAAAUCAAAUGGUCAAGCGUGGCUCAUUUAGUUAUCAAAAUAAGCAAUGGAGAUUGGAUUAUGACCCUUACUUACCUUGUCAUACCCAGUUUAGAUCUUACAUUUACGCAUUUACCUGGGAGGAUCCACGUGUUGAUUUGGAGUACCUCAAUAUCUCAAGCCAAGAUGUUAUGUUUGUGAUCACAUCUGCAGGUGAUAACGCUCUCGAGUAUGCUUUAAAGGCACAACCCAAACGAAUCCACUGUAUUGAUAUGAAUCCCUGUCAAAACCAUUUGUUGGAACUCAAGCUUGCAGGUAUCACCAGCUUGGAAUACCAAGAUUUCUGGCGAAUGUUUGGUGAUGGCUAUAAUCCUCGUUUCUCUGUCUUACUACAUGAAACGCUCUCACCUCAUCUAAGUUCAUAUGCUUUUCAAUACUGGUCUCAUCAUUCAGACCGUUUCAAUCACAAGUUUUACAAGACGGGAUACUCUGGUUUAGCCUUAUCUAUUCUCGAAUGGUGGAUUCGUAUGCAAGGACUAGGUGAUGCAGUGAAUGCUAUGGUAUCUGCUGAUACGAUUAAAGAGCAAAAGUCAAUUUGGGAAAACACGAUAAAGCCUGCUAUCUUUUCACCCAUGCUUCAAAAGGUGUUACAUAACCCAAUGUUCAUGUGGAACGCAUUAGGAGUACCCAUAAAUCAGAUGAACAUGUUCCUUAAAGAAAGCACUUGCCAAGAGUAUAUUGAAAAUACCUUGGAUCCUAUUCCGUCUCAUUCACUUUUCAAGGACGAUCAGUACUUUUACUAUCUCUGCUUGAAGCAGCGUUAUAGUCACACAUCUUGUCCUUCUUAUCUUACAAAGGAAGGAUUCAACACUCUAAAGACCUCUGGAGCAUUAAACGCAUUCCGCUUGCAUACAGAAUCUAUCCUGGAUGCACUCAAAGGCAUGUCCAAUGAUUAUCUGACACGACUUGUGGUCAUGGAUCAUAUGGACUGGUUUGAUCCUAAUGAAUGCCAAGAAUUAGAAAACGAAAUCAUGGAAAUGAAACGCGUGUUACAGCCGGGAGGUCAAGUCUACUGGCGCAGUGCAGGAACAAGGCCAUGGUAUAAUGAGUUGUUUAUGAAAUAUAGCUUUACUGUAGAGCCUCUGGCUAUUCGCCGUCCUGGUCAAGUCAUUGAUCGCGUUAAUAUGUAUGCUAGUUUUUAUAGGGCAACAAAGAUUGUUUAA